UCAUUGUCGUAGAGAGAAGCGUACGAGUCGGUUAUAAAGAAGCUUUUUUUCAACUGAAACGAUAAUUCUCUACUCAGAUCCGAUUGCUAUAAAUAGGUAUAAAUCCUCUACGUCGAUUCGACGUCAACAAUGUCAAAGCUUUCCUUAAUCGGCGAAUAAUCCAACCCGUCAGACGAUGAUCGAAAUGCAGACGUCGAAUCACAGUAUGAAUUUGGAAAUUCCCGAAGGUCUUGGUGAUAUGUUAAGGGAUUUUACCGUCUCCGUCUUAAGGCAAAGACCGUCGGAUUUAUUUGAUUUUGCCGCAGAAUACUUUGAAAAGGCUAGACAACAGAGAAGGGCGAAGAGCGUUCCCAUGUACAUAAUUGUUGAUGACGAGAACGAGGCUCAGGAACCGGAUCCGGCUUUCUUUAAGCCAAAAUCUAAUAAAAAGGGACGAUUUGCUAGAAGGCAAUCUGUCUCAGCGGAAAGAUACGAUCCUGAAGCGGAUGAAGAUGACGAAAAAGUUGUCCAUCCAAAGACGGACGAGCAGAGGGAUCGUUUGGCUGAAGCCGUUCAAGGUAUCCUAAUCUUCCGCUCCUUAGACACUGAACAGAUGCAGGACGUCUUAGACGCCAUGUUCGAGAAGCGAGUCGAUUCUGGACAGAGAGUUAUUGAGCAGGGAGACGAUGGUGAUAAUUUCUACGUUAUUGAUCAUGGCACUUUCGAUGUACUUGUAACCAAUGAGGGCCAGGAACGGAAGGUGCACGAAUUUGUGGAAAAAGGUAGUUUUGGAGAGAUGGCCCUUUUAUAUAAUAUGCCCAGAUCUGCAACUGUCGUAGCUAAAACUGUAGGAUCACUAUGGGCUAUGGACAGGAACUCUUUCCGUAGAAUAGUCCUCAAAAGUACAUAUAUGAAGCGAAAAUUGUACGAAGAACUCCUUGAUUCGGUACCAAUGCUUAAAUCUCUAACGGAGUACGAACGUAUGAGCUUAGCAGAUGCUCUUGUAACGAAAUCUUAUAACGAUGGCGAUUGUAUUAUUAAAGAAGGUGAUCAAGCUGAUGGAAUGUACUUUAUAGAAGACGGUAAAGUUAAAGUUCUCGUCGAUCACAAGGGUAAAGGCCCCGAAGAAGUCGCUCGUCAAAGCAAAGGCAAAUACUUUGGAGAGAUGGCUCUUGUUGAGCAACAACCUAGGUCUGCUUCAGUCUACGCUUUAGGCAAGGUAAAGUGCGCUUUCGUCGAUCGGGAUUCUUUCGAAAGAUUAUUAGGGCCUUGUUUGGAUAUAAUGAAGAGAAAUAUUGAGCAGUAUCAACGUUAAAUUUCAGAAAGUUAAAUACAAU